AUGCGUUGCUGUGUACCGUUUUGUAAAAAUGCUUUCAAAAACACUAUUAAAUCUGAAGAAACGACUUUUUACUUUUUCCCAAAUGAUGCGAAGCUUAAAGCGUCUUGGUUGACUGUAUUAGGCUUAUCGCAGUGGGCUCCUCGUAGUUUAGUAUGUUCAGAACAUUUCAAAGAUGACGAUAUCUGUGAAGUGGAAGGUGGCGAAAGGAAAUUACUACCAGGAGUCAUACCUAAAGCUGUGUCUGCACCAUUGAACAGUAGUAUUUCGCAGGUAUGUCGUAUAUGUUUGGGGACUGAUAUGAGAGUCUACCCGAUACCAAAUGCUGAUCUUCAACAGACAUUCACAUUACUCACAGGAAUGAAUAUAUACAAAGAUGACUACCUGCCUCAGAAUUUUUGUAUUGAGUGCAUACAAAGAUUAAAGAAUUGCUAUACAUUUAGAACUCAAACAUUACAGGCUCAGAAUAUUAUGUUGGAUCUCAUUAAAAUAGGAAAUUUCACAACAGAAGCUAUAAAAUCAUUAAAUCACAAUCCCAAAUGGAAAUUACACAUGCAAACAUAUGAUUCAAAUCAUUGCGACGUAUACAUAAACAGAGACGAAAUUUCCAUACAAGAAAUAGUUAUAGAAGAACAUGUUAAAAUAGAAAAGGAAUAUAUUGACGAGCAAGACACACUCUUGGGUUAUACAACAGACGAUAGCUUGCCAUUAGAAGCACAAAGAAGUAAAAUAAAGAAGGCAAAAAAGAAGAAAGUAAAGAAGAUUACAGAACCAAAAAUAGAUAGAAGAAGGAAACCUUUUCUUAAUGAUGAUUUGAAUGAAAGUCUAUUUACCAUAACUGAUUUGACGUUUGAGGAACAAGUAGCUGAUAUACAGAAAAGGCAAGAAAGUUCAAAUUUUAAGAACUCAAUGUAUAAGUGCAUGGAGUGUUUUAAGGGUUUUCUGGAUGAAGGAGCAUAUAAUGGACAUAUGACAAGACAUACUACUCAAUGCGGUGAAUAUUCAUGUGAAAUAUGUAAGACACAUUUCAAACAUUCUCAUGCGUUGAGGAAACACACGACGGCGCAUCACGCUCAGAGAUUCAAUUGUAACCGGUGUGCUUUCGUUACUACGCACAGACAAACCGCGAGGCUCCACGAGAGAUGGCACAAAGGCACCAAGUACGAGUGUCCACACUGCAAUGAAGUAUUCCUUAAAUUCACAACAUACAUGGGUCAUAUACGUAUCAAACACCCUUCAGACUUCGUGUGCGCGCUGUGCGGGUACUGCUUCGUGAGUCAGAAGGGAAUUGACUUGCACAAGAAACUGAAACACAGAUUACAACUUGGACAGGUUCCAGAAGACGGGCCGUUAUGUGAAGUAUGUGAUGUCCGUUUCAUAUCACAAGAAGCUUACAAACGACAUCUGAGCGUCUCCGCUAGACAUGCUAGUGAUGAAAUAUCCAAGGACCCAAGCAAACCGAAACGCGGAAGAAAAUCAAGAGACGCUCUGGACAAAGAUGACAACGAAAAGAAUGAUUUGAACGACAAGAAAAUAUAUCCGAGUCAAGUUAGGAAGGCGGAGGGACCUAUACCGUGCGAACAAUGCGGCAUGCAGUUAGAGGAUUCCCGCGCCUACCACGCACACUUCAGACGAAACCAUCCAGACAAGAAUAGAACCAACUACCCGAGUAUGAAGACGCCUUGCAUGUGUGAGGUUUGCGGAAGAAUGUUCCAGAGUCACGCAUUAUUGAAGGACCACCGCUGGGUGCAUACAAACGAGAGGCCCUUCGCUUGUGAGUGUGGCAAAAGGUUCCGUAUGAAACAAAGACUUGUGGCGCACAGAAGAGUGCACAGACAGACUCGGCACUACACAUGUGCUCUGUGCGGGAAGGGAUUUAGCACACACAGUAACAGGCAGAGACAUAUGAUCAUUCACACCGGACUUAAGCCAUUUAAAUGCGAGAUGUGUGGUAAAUGUUUUAAACAUGCGAGUGAAAAGCGAGCUCACAUAACAUAUGUACAUCUGAAGAAGCCUUGGCCGAAGCGAUCCAGGGCAAAAAGACAAGGACAGAAUAUUACCGGUGUCCCGAGUGCAAGCGAGAUAGAUAUACAAGGAUUGUACGAUCCCAAGAUAGAUCUUAUGAUUGACAAACAAUAUUUUAAUGUUAAGAUGUAA